AUGGCUGGUUACCCAAUCAAUGUGGGUGCCGUAAUUUCAUCUAACAUUUCAAUGAUCGCAUGGCAGGACAACUCGGCCUACCCUUAUCCAAACACUAUCAUAGAUUACCUCACUGAUGCAAAGGUAGAGACGAGGGAUUUUGACACCAAGGUGAAGGAAAAGAAGCCCUUCGAUUGGUAUUCUAUGAUGGAUACGAGCAACCCUAAGAAGAAAGUUCAGCCUUCUAUCACCACAUGCCAGUCUGAUGAGCCAACAGUGGUAGCUUCUGAGGCGGCUGAUCUUCCAUCCACUUAUGUUGAGCCUUCCACUAGUUCCAUUGCUAUGCCUCCACCAUCAUCUUCAGCUCCUACCACAACCUCUAGAGUUUCUCUAAAGCCAGUGCCCAUGCCCACAGUUCCCCUAUCUACUCUGCGAGUCUCCCAAAUAUUGGCGAGUCUCAACAACUGGAUGCAGACAACUACUUCUAAGAUGUCUAACUUGUCUAGUACUGUUGUAGUGCAGUCCACUUCUCAGGCACCACAGGUUCCUUCUGACAUUGAUGAGACACUGAAGAAGAUUUUGGAGAACCAGAAUGCAAUCAUGGAUACAUUGCAAAAAAUCAGUGGACAAGCUCCGGAGGGAGUCCGCCCCAGUCCUUCAGCACCAUCUGCAUCGGUAGCACCAGCUGGCCAGUCUGACGAGCCAAACUUUGCUGCCGACACUGUUGAGGCAGUGCGUGAGAUGUUCGCCAACCCAGCCACACCUAAAUUUGAUGAUGAUGAGAUUCAGUUGGCUGAUCCUGAGGGAGAUGACAUUGCUGGGGACACUGAGAUAUCCAAGGAUCCAUAG